AUGCGGACUCGGAGGUCGAAUCGCACCAAAAGCUAUGCAGAGGAAGAGUAUCACUUUGGAGAUAGUUCCACGGAAGAUGAUGUGAUUGCCCAAGCUCCCAGCAAUGAUGAAGAGGAGGGUGCCAACUUUGAAAAUGAGGCGGCCACAGAGGAUCCAGAGGAAGAGGAUGACGAGCAGAACAACACAGCAGAUGAGGACAACGCCUCAGAGGAGGAUGGCAUCAGCAUAAGCGAAUCAGAGAGUAUACAAACUACCACGAAGCCCGCACGACGUCGCGCAGCAAAGUCUGAGGCGGGAACAGCGCCGCAACCACCAGCCCCCAAGGGGGGCGGGAAAACUACCAAGCUCACUAGGGGCUACCUAGAGAUCCCGCUGGCCACGCAAGAGGGCGGCCACCAACCCAAGACGUACAUUGGCCCUAACGACCGCGCCGUGCGUCGUCAUCACCUCGUCUCCGCGUGGUACGGGCCAGACGAGGAACGCAUGGAGACGGUGCAGGCCUUGCUCAACCGGUGGUUCCAGUGGCCGGUGCUACCCCCCAGAACGCCCCAGGGCGAUUCACCCGUGCCGUCGAGGGGGGCCUGGCUGGAUGACUAUGAGGGAAGGGAGGCUGCGCUGGCUGCUGCGUGGCGGGCCAAGGUUGAGGCGGCGAUGGACGGUUGCCGACCACUGCGAGGCCUAUCGCCAGCAGAGGCGGCGCCGUACAGAAGUCCGACACACCGUAUGCCUGUUCUUGUCGGGCCUUCGGUCACAGAGGAGGUGUUUUUUGUGUCCGGUGGUGGUUACGCCCUCUCGCAAGCAGGGAUACCUUUCGAAUACGACGAGAGCGACGAUAAGGAGCCGAGUGGGUGGAUUUUGGACACGGGGGGCAUUGUUACGAGCAUGGAUUGGGCACCGCGUGCGCGCGAGCAAACGAGGCAGCGCCUCGCCGCUGCUGUGAUGCCACAUGCGGAUCAAGAGGUGCACGAGUUUGCGGACGAGGCGGCCAAGACGCAGUUUCAGUCUCGCGGUACGGUGCAGCUGUGGGAGGUGCAAGGAGAUGUGCCGGCCGCUCGAGGUUCGGCGAUGACGACAACCCUGCCUCCGUGCCUCACCAGAACGCUGUGCUUCCCUCAUGGUCGGGCGAGGCGUGUGCGAUGGAAUCCAAUCGGUGGCUAUCUCGCCGUUUUGUGCGCCAACGGUGCGGUGUACGUAUUUGAGGUCGACGAUGAGGGCUUGGAAGAAUACGUAGAGGAGCUUCUUACCCCUGUCGCCGUCUUGUGUCUACGGAAUGAGGCGGGCAUCGACGCCACCGCCAUGAGCUGGGCGAGUAUGAACCGUCUUGUGGUGGGCUACUCAGACGGUUCUGUAGCACUGUGGUCCAUCUUCCCUUGUUAUUUGCUAUCUCGCCACGCUGUUCAUCAUAGUCAUGUCGUGGAAAUCGCCACAGGCUACCCGAGUAUGCCGUACAUUGUUGCUGCGACGCCGCUAGGCGGCACAAUGCGUAUUCUAGACCUGGAGGCGCCGAGUUACGAGUUUACAGAGAUGCAGUCCAUCACCGUAACCACCCAGCCCGGCCUCUUGGCGUGGAGCGACCAGAUGCUGGGCUUCUUCUCCGUCUACCCUUCGGCACGCGUAAACAAUACAGUCAUUGGGUUCAUGCACCACGCCAACUUUCCGCUUUUCCGUACGACGUUUACGGGCGACAGUUUUCCCUCCUGCAUUGCCACUGGGAAAACACAUCCGUUCCUGUUGAUUGGGCUGAUGGACGGCUCGGUCUGGUGCAUCAACCCCCAAGUCGAGCACUUCAACAGCCGCAGCGACGCGACGUAUCGUCUUCGUCUGUUCCAGCACGAGCACCGGCCCCAUCAUCUGUUCCCACUAGACUCGCCUGCUGGCAGGAGAGGUGCGUCACGCGUGGUGCAAGGUUUCGAGGUAGAAAAGAACCGAAACCCAAGAAACGACACGCAGCCAGCUACGAAAAAGGGCAAGGCAGCAGUCAAGAAGAAGCAGAGCAGAGUAGUGGAAAAUGCCGACGAGGACGGGGACGAUGUGCUCAAGUCGAGCGAUGCGUCCCGCGCGGCCGUGCACGAACCUCUGACUAGAAUCACAACGAUGGAGUGGAAUCCCAACGACGGCUACGGCUGCUGGGCAGCCAUGGCGAUGGGCUCAGGCCUUGUGCGAAUCAUGGACCUGGGAAUUGAGAACAAGGAUAAUGACGAGUAA